ACUCCCCGAUCAGUGAAGCUCUUUCGCGGAACGAGAAACAUUUCAAGGAGCAAGGUGUCAGAGCUGUCUCCAACCAGCAGCUUCGCAACAUGGUGUACAAGUACAGUGCCAAGCCGACGCCUCUGGGCAAGGUGCAAAAGCCCCCUUACACCAUCGAGGCACCGGGUGCCCAGCCCGUGGAAGGCGAGACUAUCCCGCGCCGGCAUCCCAAAGCCAAAGAUGGCCUGGUGGAGCGGCCAGCUCCGGAUGUCAACACCACCUUCGACCUGUUGAAACGGAGUGUCGAGCACUACGGCAACGAGCCGGCCGUCGGCAGCCGGAAGCUGAUUCACACCCACAGAGAGAAGAAGAAGAUCCCCAAGGUCGUCGACGGCAAGACCACCGAGGUCGAGAAGGAAUGGACCUACUACGAGCUGUCUGACUACACUUACAUCACAUACCGGGAGUACUUUACCCAGGUUUCACAGGUCGGCGCUGGUCUGAGGAAGUUGGGGCUAUCGCCAAAGGAUAGGUUGCAUAUUUUUGCAACGACAAGCCCACAAUGGCUUUCCAUGGCACAUGCAUGCUCCUCGCAAUCCAUGACCAUUGUCACCGCCUAUGACACCCUCGGCGAGAGCGGCGUUGAGCACUCGCUCGUCCAGAGCAAGGCGAACGCCAUGUUUGUCGACCCGCACCUGUUUAAAACGGUCAACAACCCGCUCAAAAAGGCAGAAGCCGUCAAGUUUCUCAUCUACAACGAGGAAACCCACCUCCCGGUGACCGAUGACGAGAUUGAGAAGUUCAAAUCCGCCCACCCGGCACUCACCAUCCUAUCAUUCGGCGAACUGCGCGCACUGGGCGAGAACAACCCGGCAGAACCGGUCGAGCCGAGCCCUGAAGAGAUAUACUGUAUCAUGUACACCUCCGGCAGCACUGGCCCGCCCAAGGGCGUUCCCGUCUCCCACGCGGGCUUCGUUGCCGCCGUGGCGGGCCUGUACUCGGUAAUGGAGGAAUCAGUGAGCCACAAAGAGUACAUCCUGGCCUACCUCCCGCUGGCGCACAUCUUCGAGCUCGUGCUCGAGAACCUGGUCGUCUUCGUCGGCGCCACCCUCGGCUACGGCUCCCCGCGCACGCUCUCCGACACCAGCAUGCGCAACUGCUACGGGGACAUGCGCGCCCUCGCGCCCACCAUCAUGGUCGGUGUCCCGCAGAUCUGGGAGACGGUCAAGAAAGGCAUCGAGAGCAAGGUCAACUCCUCGGGCCCCCUCGCCCGCACCGUUUUCAGCACCGCCCUCGCCCUCAAGUCCUUCCUGGUGCGCACCGGCCUCCCCGGCGGCGGCCUCCUCGAUAGCACCGUCUUCAAGCAGGUGCGCGCCGUCACGGGCGGCCGCCUCCGCUUCGUCGUCAACGGCGCCAGCGGCAUCGCCACCCCCACCCUCCACUUCAUCUCCAUGGCCGUCGCGCCCAUGCUCAACGGCUACGGGCUGACCGAGACCUGCGGCAACGGCGCGCUCGGCUGCCCGCUCCAAUGGAACCCCGGCACCGCCAUCGGGCCCAUCCCCGCCGCGGUCGAGAUCAAGCUGGUCUCCCUCCCCGACCUCAACUACUCCACCGCCACGACCCCGCCGCAAGGCGAGAUCCUCAUCCGCGGCGCGCCCGUCUUCACCGCCUAUCUCGACAACCCGGACGAGACGGCCAAGGCCAUGACCCCCGACGGCUGGUUCCGCACCGGCGACAUCGGCGAGUUCGACGCCGCCGGCCACGUCGCCGUCAUCGACCGCGUCAAGAACCUGGUCAAGCUGCAGGGCGGCGAGUACAUCGCGCUGGAGAAGCUCGAAGCCAUCUACCGCGGCGCCGCCUGCGCCCAGAACGUCAUGGUCCACGGCGACAGCUCGGCGCCGCGGCCGAUCGCGCUCGUGCUGGCGAAUGAGAAGGUGCUCGCUGAGAUGGCGAAGGAGGUCGGGGUGCCCGAGGGGGCGGAUCUCUAUGCCGAUAAGAAGGUGAAGGGGGCGGUGCUGAAGGCGCUGCAGGGGGUUGCGCGGAAGGAGGGGUUGAGUGGGAUGGAGACUGUCGCGGGGGUGGUGGUGGUCGAGGAGGAGUGGACGCCGGCGAAUGGCCUGGUGACGGCGACGCAGAAGUUGAAUCGCAAGGCGAUUAGGGAGAGGUACGGCAAGGAGAUCAAGGCUUGCGUGGAGGGCAAGUGAUUCAUCUAUACUUGGGACUGUUGAUUCUUGGUUUCUAACUCGGCGAUGCCGGGUCUGGGAGUGAUUUUAUUAGCAUUCUACCUUGUGUUUGUCGUCUUGGAAUUGGGCCGGGCGUAGGGUGAACAAGCACUUGGGCGGCGGCGUUGGGGAUCUCGAACUGGAACUACUUCUCCAUCUUGGACAAUCUUGCACGCUGCUCUGGGACAAAAUAUUUCUGAAAACUUAGGUAUCAAACUUGAUGAACUAAUGAUGAUAUGAUGGAACUAAUGCAAUGGUAUCUCGAUAACAAUGCUUGGAGACGAACCUGUCCCGGGCGCCUUGCUUCCCCAACCUCUCUCAUAACGCAUUCCGGUCAUUAACUCCCUUUUCUUCUUAGCUUCAACCCCUCUCAGAAAGCCCGCUCCCCAUCUAUAUGAAGCGCCUCUUCCAGCUAAUCGCUAAUCGCACUUACUCCGUCUAUCCAAAAAGCACCCCCCCUCCACCCACACCGCCACCCUAC